GCAAGCUACAUCGACCCUCCACACACGGCAAUGCGGCUCAAGAGACAUGUCCCGCUCCUCAAGUCAACACUGAAGCACGUCGCCGCCCGCCCGCUCGUCUCGUCGCUCUUCGCCCGCACCCGCUGCCGCUAUGCCUCGUCCUCCACUGCAUACCCUGAAAAUAUCGCGGUGCUCGGCGGCGGUGUCUCGGGUCUCGCCAGCGCGUAUUUUGUGUCGCAGAGCUUCCCGGACAGCAAGAUAACCAUCUACGAGGCCGAGAAGGAGACGGGUGGCUGGAUAAAGUCCAGGAGAGUGGAUGUGCCUGGCGGCAAUGUGCUGUUUGAAUACGGCCCGCGGACAUUGAGGCCGGGAGCUGCUUGCUUGCCCACGGCGCAAUUGAUCCAAGAGCUCGAUCUUGUACAGGACGUUAUAUACACCAAACGCACUGCUCCUGGCGCCGCGAACCGCUUCAUCUACUAUCCCGACCGCCUCAACCGACUGCCGUCCGCUACCGGGCCCCCUACAUUUUCCGAAAUCCUUAACCUUGCGCGAAGUGGCAUAUUAGCGGGUGCGCUACAGGCAUUCUUCGAGCCAUGGAACCCGAGUCGACCAUCAACCAUGCCAGACGAGUCGAUUGGCUCCUUCUUAUCACGGCGAUUCGAUAAGAGGUUGGCAAACAACAUUGCCUCUGCGGUUAUGCAUGGCAUCUACGCGGGAGACAUCUGGCAGCUCAGCGCCAAGACACUCCUUUCGCAGGCGUGGCAACUUGAGGGCAGGUAUGGGAACGUAAUUGGGGGAAUGUUCCGAAUGAAUCAAGAGGUUCAGGGGCCGGAACAGAUCGUGCUGUGGCAUCCGUAUGAUCUCGACACCCUGAAGAUGAUGAGGGACGAGAUCAGGCUGGACGGGAAAUUGCUAGCACAACUCGGGGAUGCUAGUAUGUUUACAUUCAGGAACGGGCUGCAAACACUAGUCAAGGCACUGCAGCGGAACCUCGAAGGCAAUCCGCAGGUAGAGAUAAGGCUGGGCAGCGUGCGAGAUUACAAGAUGGCCGGGGGACAGCGAGUCGAAGUCGUCACUGGCACUGAGGAAUCACAGACGACAGAGACUUUUGACCUCGUCAUCUCCACUCUUCGCAAAACAGCUCUUACAGACUACGUCACCGUCAUGACUGUCAACCUCUACUUCCCCACGCCCGGCCUCCUCCCCGUCCAAGGUUUCGGUUACCUCAUCCCACAAAGCGUUCCAUUCGAACAGAACCCGGAGCGCGCUCUAGGUGUCAUCUUCGACUCUGACGCCAUAACCGGCCAGGACACUGCGCCCGGCACCAAGCUCACCGUCAUGCUAGGUGGUCACUGGUGGAAUGGCUGGGAGCACUUCCCCGACCAUGAGGAGGGCGUCGAACUCGCCAAGUCUGUCAUCCGUCGGCAUCUUGGUAUACAAGAAGAGCCUAUCGAAUGCCAUACAAACCUGUCGCGCGACUGUAUUCCGCAGUACACGGUCGGCUAUGACGAGCGAUUGAGAGCUUAUGCAACCGUGCUGGACUCUCAGUACAAAGGCAGGGUGAGGGUGGUCGGAAACCAGUAUCAUGGCGUGGGCGUCAACGAUUGCAUUAGGGCAGCCUGGCUGACGGCGAGGAGUUUGGAGGGCAAUGGGUGGAAAGAGAAGGGCACGGGCCUAGAGAGGGCUAUGGAUGACCGGAGUUGGGUCACUGCGCCGUUGAGGCAGACCUAUCGGAAAGAAGACGUCCCCGCGCUGUAGUAUAUUUGUAUGCAUGCAAAAGCGGAUUGCGGGAAUAACGUUUAGAAAAUGUACAACAUUCGACUGACAGGCCGUUGGCCCUACUGCUGUUGCACGCUGACCGGUACGGUGGAACGAGCACCAUCUCCUGCAGCACCAGGAGAAAUUCAGGGUCUCAUGACAGCUCUGUUCCACAGCCAUAGGGCGAUGGGGUU